ACCAAAUGAGAUGAUACUUUGUGACUGUGUUGUAUUGCAGUGAAUGAACGGACAAUAAUUAAUUGCAACUUCCGAUCGUGAUUUCACUGCUGCCGUAAGAUAUAUCAAGUCAAAGACAUUCCGAUAAUCAACCCAGCUUUUCCUGGACUGCGACUGUUGUCAUCUUUAUUCUUCCUCAGAACUACUUCUAGCAGCAGCGCGGGAAAAAACGGGAUCGCGCGGGAAAAUCCAUCGUAUGUUAGACGCGCUUGGGAUCAUCUUGUUCAUUGCCGUUGUUGAUUUCGUCUGAAAGUGAUUUGAUGCAUCCUUGUCGGUUUCUGUCGCGGUCCAUUGUAAUCUAUACUCUGCGUUAUGUACAUCGAUUGUAGUGUAAUGUGCCACGGUCCCAUGUAAAUUUCCAGGAAUCGUAAAAGGUUUUCAAUGAACACUUGAUGAUGCAUCCCGUGUAAACAUGGACGUUGUGUUUAAUCAAGGAAAUUAACAAUGGUACAGAGCAAAGAUGAAGGUUUCCCUGUCCGGUACACAGUUGCCAUUGUAACAGCUGGUGUUGCCGUGGUGAUUACAGUGAUUGUUUACAUUACAUGGUUGUACUGUAAGCGGAAGCGGAACCGGUUCCAGUGGUAUGAGAGCUCGGACGAAGAAUACUCACCAAAUGCAAUACAAUCAGGUUCUCGUUUACGAAUAUCGCAAAGUACGCCAGAACUCAAUAAGCAUUUUCUUGAAGAAGACGACAAAUUCGGUAAGAAAGGUAUCUUCAAGUUAACAAACGUCCGACAAUCUACGCUUCCUACUGUAUCACAGCGCCAUGAACUGUUCAAGCGUCAACUAUCACAUAAAUUAGAUCUCUCAAAUAUAGAGUUCCAAGUUCAAAGCGUAAAGCAUAAGGAACAGCCUAGUCUUGGAGUUAUUAAACCAGAGUUGUAUAAGCAAGUGUCGAUAGAUAGCGUUAAAAGUGAACACUGUGUCUGCGGAAAAAUAUUUUUUACCCUUGCCUACAACCAUGGGUCUGAGAGUCUAGUUGUAAAUGUAUUAAGGUGCGAAGAUCUUCCCGCCAAAGAUUUUUCUGGAACGUCUGAUCCGUACGUCAAAAUUUAUCUUCUACCAGACAGAAAACAUAAGUGUCAGACAAAAGUCCAUCGAAAAACUUUAUCCCCAGAAUUUAAUGAAAAAUUUGCCUUUUCAGUUCCUUAUAAGGAAUUGACAUCAAGAGUGUUGCAGUUUAAUAUUUACGAUUUUGAUCGUUUUUCCCGCCAUGAUCUCAUCGGAACUGUGGUUGUGAAGGACAUUUUGUGCGAAGGAAGCUUAGCAAAUGAGACUUUCUUUGUCCGGGAUAUACUGAGCGCUAAUCAGGAGAAGUUUGAUCUCGGUGAGUUGAUGCUAUCUCUCUGUUAUCUCCCCACUGCUGGGCGCCUUACAUUGACCGUUGUCAAGGCCCGAAAUCUAAAAGCCAUGGACAUUACAGGAUCCUCAGACCCGUAUGUAAAGGUGUCACUGAUGUGUCAAGGUAAACGUAUAAAGAAGAGGAAGACGUCUGUGAAAAAGAACACCUUAAACCCGGUCUAUAACGAGGCUCUGGUGUUUGAUGUUCCUCAGGAGAAUGUUGAUGACGUGUAUUUAAUUGUCAAAGUGAUUGACUACGAUCGAAUAGGGAGUAACGAAGUAAUGGGCUGUUGUGCUCUGGGACCCAAAUACCCAGGACUAGGAAGAGACCACUGGUUUGAAAUGCUAGAAAAUCCCCGGAAACCGCUUGCUCAGUGGUACACUCUACAAGAACACGUACCCUUUUGUACCAGUGAAAACAUCACAGGUAAAUGUAAACUGAACUGUCAAGGGCAGUCUAGACAGUCCACGGUGGAUUCUAGCGAGGGAAGUAUGUAUGGGUGAUGAUUUCUGAUGAGGAGUCAAGAAAAAAUGGAUACAAUUCUUUUCCUUGUAUAUGUUUUUCUCUAAUUUGUCAAGCAAUGCUUUGUGAAUAUUUGUCAAAAAUACAACCUUAAUG